AUGCCGCGGCCAGGGAAACAUUCCUACGAUGAGAACUCGUCACCGGUAAGUUUUACUUGCGAUUGGUACGCAUUUGAUGUCAAUUUUGCUAACAGGGGAAGUACUCCAAGUGCGACGCUCAGAUUUUGAUGAAACUGGGCACAAAUUUAGAAUAAUUUUUUCUAAGAUAUAUGCGAGAAUCCUAGCUCGCGCUUUGCAGAAACAACCGAGAUUUUUAGAUCGAAAGUCGGCGAAAAUUUAGGAGUUUUUGCCGAAUUUCGACACGAAAAGUUUCAUGCCUAUUUCUACCGUAAAUGGGUAAUUUUUCCACAAAAAAUCAAUUUUUUCCGCACGAAACUGCCAAAGUCAUGGCCAAAAAGCGCUUUUCUCUCUGACCGCUCUCCACGUUUAGCGCCCUCUCUCGGCGGCAAAAAUCGGUCGAUAUCUCGGCGGCGCCCGCAAAGCGCGAGCUAAAACUUUCAGGAAUUGAUGUCUAGUCCAUACCCGACAUGUAUGCAAAAUUUAAAGAAAAUCUGGAAAAAUGACUUUUAUCCGACUGGAAAAUGACGUAAUUUACAAGUUUAGAGUCAUCGAAUUGCUUCAAAAAGAUUUUUUCUCUAACUGGAAAUAUCACUAGCAUAAUCGAGAAGGUUGGAACUUGCUUUGGCACUCGUUUUUAAACAAAAAGAUACCAAAUUGUCCGAAUUUAUUUUUGACUUAAAAAUCUUUGAACCUUUGCCGUUUUGUUUUCAACAACCGUCAGGAAUUCAUGCUUAAAGUAACGGUGACAACACCUAAACCGAAAUUUUGAUAUCUUGUUUUGCAAAGCCAAAAAUGGCGACAAUAUUACAGAGCUGUGUAUUCUCCAACUUCUGUUGUCAUCGUACAAACAAACCUUUCCGUUCGUUUGGAGUCCCAAGAAAAUUAGCGCAUAAACUGUUCUAUAAACACUCACAGAAUACAAAAAAAAGCGUUUUUGGGGAAAAGAAGCCGUAGUAAGAAUGUUGUUGACAUUAAAUUACUUUAUCCAGGCAUAGUAAAUUUAAAUUUGAAUCUGUUUCAAAAUUAAACAAAAAUUGGGUCUCCCGUAUUUUACAUUUAAUUUCAGAAGCCCCCGUUCUCGUACAUCUGGCUGACGUACAUGGCAAUUCAAGAUUCUGAUGACAAAAUGUUACCUCUAACCGAUAUAUACAAGUACAUUAUGGACAAGUUCCCUUUCUACCGACAGAACACACAAAGAUGGCAGAACUCGCUGAGACAUAAUUUGAGUUUCAACGAUUGCUUCAUCAAGAUCCCGCGAAGGCCAGAUAGGCCGGGAAAAGGGUCUUUCUGGGCCAUUCAUCCAGCAGCACAGAGGAUGUUCGAAAAUGGAAGCUGCCUGAGGCGACAGAAGAGGUUUAAGGUGAGUUUUGACUUACCAAAGACCAAGAAACUGUUUUUCUUGGCUAUUCAAAGCAAAAAACGCUCUUAUCGGGCAACAGAUCAGCUGGCGUCAGCGAUCCAAAUUUCUGUCCACUUAAAAAAUCGCGUUAAUUUAUUCCAAGACGUUUUUUCACUUCCCUUCGGUCCAAGGCUCACUCUUCUGUCCCCUGCCUAGUGCAGGGGAUAAGAGGGCUCGGAUGGGUCGAAUGGCACCCGAGUUCGAUUCCGUCCGACUCCGACACGACCUCCGGGUCAUUCACGCUUCACAAUUGAAGGUCCACGGACCGCUAUUCCGGCAACAAAACUCUCGACUGAGAUCGAGGCUCAACACAAAAAAUGGUCUGUAAAAGUUAAUCCACCGCAACGUGGUGGUAGUAUGGCAUCUAGCUAUUGGCGACGGUGCCAUCGCCCUUGAGACAGACCAAAAAACCUUCCACGGUUCUGUAACCCCAAAGCUGGGUUACAGUUUUUUGGUUGUGACUGUUUUUUCAUGAUAAAUAAGCAUUUCUUUCGCCCCUACAACUAACUAUUUCCUCACCCCAGCCGAACAUAAAUUAGCAUGUCGCGAAUUGUCGGCUCGCAUUCGGUUACGGUCGGUCGGUUCGCUUACUCAAGGGCCCACUUAAUCCGCGAAUUUAUUCAAAACAAAAAGACCCCAAUUCCAAUAUUGUCGGCGCGGAAUUAGGGACACAAGGAGACGAGAAAAUUAAAAUUGUAAUACUUUUUGCGCAAUCAAUUAAUUUUAAGCCAAUAUUAUAUGGAGUUAAGAGUUUUUUCGGCUCGAAUAACAAGUAUUUGUGCAUAAUUAAAUGAGCGGAAGGAAUUUGGAGGAAAAUAUUUUCGGGAACAAUGGAAGCAGAGGCGGGGUAUUGUGAGGACGUACUGUAAAUGAUCAACUAGUGGCUUAGGUGACGGUAAAGUUUUAGCUAAUCUCUUUAUCGAAGAAAUGCUCGAAAUUUGAAGGCGUUGGCAAAAUAAUAAACUUUUUGUUGAACCGUUUACAUUUUCGCAAAAAAUCAUCUUUUGCCAUGAAAUAUCUCAACUACUCUUGCAAACUGCGGGUUGAAAUUUUGAGGGAAUGACAUGUGGCCUAGACAAAUCAUUCACCGAAAAUUUAACGGUCGGAUCCGAAAAAAUCAUCUUCCACAAAAAAUCAAGUCAUAAAAUAAUCUCAUAUCGUUGUAGUAGCAACUAGAAUACCCUCAUUUUUCAGCUUACCGAAGAUUUCAUGCCUCGAAAACAACUCCAGCCUCGUCUCAAAACGCUACCCAGCCAAUCCCCCGAGAUUUCUUUCCUCUCGCCCAACAAAUCACCGUUCGAUUUACCCUCCUCAUUUCAAUCGAGUUCAUCGGUAGACCUCUCCGAAGUCAAGCCAAUGCAGUUCAAUUUGCUGGAAGAGUUUGGGAAAUUGAUCAAUCGGGAGACCAUUCCGCCGGACCCGGCCUUCAAUGUGCAGCAAUUAUUAUUCGCUCAGAUCUUGGCCAAUCAUUGUAUGAAUGUGGAGAAUCGACAGCGACAAGUGGAGGAGAGUGUGGAGAAUGGAUUCUUGAAGUCGUAAGUUGAACUCCUCCGAACCUACAAUUCUAUUGAUCCAAAAGUCAAAAGAGUUUAAAUCGAGAAUUGGAUUUAACAAAACUACAGAUCAGUUCGAAGGCUUCGAGCAACUCAAAUUUCAAUUUCAGCCGCCCUCAGCUCCCGUUGAUCGGAUCGCCGGAAAUGAAGCCCUUCACCUCAACGAACGAAGACAGCUUGUCGCCAAAGCCCUCGUUUUCGAUCGCCUCAUUGCUAGGAAAUGGCCAGAAAUUGCCAUCAUCUUUCUAUCUACCUUAA